AUGGGUAUCCCUUUGAAUGCUACGGUAGCAGACAGUAUGAAGCAUAGAAGAAGGUCGCAUCGAGUUCAACUUCUGAACAGGGUGGAAGUGGAAAUUGAAAGAGUUAAAGAGAGUAGAGGAGUAGAAGAGGAUGUAUCUAAGUGGAAAAAUAGUAAAGGCAAGUACAAGACCAAAUUUUCUACAAAGGAAACUUGGCUGAGUAUUAGAGAAGAUCAUCCUCUUUGCUACUGGUACAAAGCGGUUUGGUUCAAGCACGCGACUCCGAGGUACUCCUUUAUUACUUGGGUUGCUAUGAGAGGAAGGUUAGCAACAGGAGAUAGAAUGCUGGUAUGGAGUGGGAACAUUGAUGCGACCUGUGUUCUAUGUAAAAAUCCUUUGGAGACUAUACAACAUUUAUUCUUUGAAUGUCCGUAUUCUGCGCAAGUUUGGGAAGCGCUUAUGAAGGGUGUGAUGGUGGAUCAGUAUAUGGGAGAUUGGGAGACACUUAUCAGGCUAAUUGUUGAUGAUACUGGAUGGAGUAAAGUGAAGGUGUUUGUCAUGAGAUAUAUGUUUCAGGCAACGAUUUAUAUGAUAUGGAGAGAAAGGAAUAGAAGAAGACAUGGAGAGAAAGCAGUCCCAACAAUGAGUAUGGUGAGUCAAUUGGAUAAGAACAUGCGAAAUCAACUAACUGUGAUCAGAAGUAGAGGAGACGAGAAGUUUGAAGGGGGGAUGGCUUAUUGGUUUGAAGCAAGAUAA